GAAAAGGCUUUGCUCUUGAUGACGUCAUUUCAAGAUCACUUCUUUUGAAUUUCACUUUUUGUCUGUUGUGUGGUAAACAAACAAACAACCAAGCAACAAACAACCAUCUUUUCAUGCCAUUUCUGAAUGAUAUAAAGAUGACGAGCAUCAGUGAAAUAUGUGAGAGUACGAGGAUGGCUCGUGAGAUGGCCCUGCUUGGAAAUUAUGAGUCAGCUACUGUAUACUACCAGGGGGUUGUGCAGCAAAUCCAUCGGCUACUGCAGACAAUACAGGAUCCAUCCAGGAAACUCAAAUGGCAACAGGUCCAGCAGCACAUUGCCAGAGAGUACGAGCAGGUGAAUGGCAUCACUCACACGCUGAGCCUCUUCCGUGCUGGAGACCAUGAUAGCCGACCAAUUGGCACUUCGCUGCGCGCCUCGUCGUUCGAGGAGCCAACCCGUGACCCGGAUGUGUGGCCGCCCCCUCCGCCGCGAGACCCCGACGUUUGGCCGGCACCCACCACCACAGAGCACAAACCCUCUCCGCAGGUACGACCGGUGCGCGGGCCCAAGAAGACCGACUCAAAGCCGCCGUCCCGCAACUCGCGUAACAGCGGCGUGGGUGGCUCCACGUCUAAGAGAACCGGUGGCACGUCCAAGAGUCGCCGCGAGGACAGCAAGAGCAGCGACCGGCGCAACAAGGGCAGCCGCGACGACAAAAAGGCUGACGAUAAGGGCGGUGAUAAGAGCGGUGACCCGAAGGAGGGCGGCAGCGGCGGCGCAGAGGGCGGCGACGACGAGGAGGAGAAGCGAUUCGACCCCUCCGGCUACGACCGCGACCUGGUGGAGAUGCUGGAGCGCGACAUCGUCCAAAAGAACCCGGACGUGCGUUGGGACGACAUCGCCGACCUGCACGAGGCCAAGCGGCUGCUGGAGGAGGCCGUCGUGCUGCCCAUGUGGAUGCCGGACUUCUUCAAGGGCAUCCGUCGUCCGUGGAAGGGGGUGCUGAUGGUCGGCCCGCCCGGCACCGGCAAGACGAUGCUGGCUAAGGCGGUGGCCACCGAGUGCGGCACCACCUUCUUCAACGUGUCCUCGUCGACGCUGACGUCCAAGUACCGCGGGGAGUCGGAGAAACUCGUCAGACUCCUGUUCGAGAUGGCCCGUUUCUAUGCGCCUUCCACGAUCUUUGUGGACGAGAUCGACUCGUUGUGCUCCCGGCGCGGCUCAGAGACCGAACACGAGGCCUCCCGACGGGUGAAAUCGGAGCUACUGAUGCAGAUGGACGGCAUCAGCUCGUCCCAGGACGACCCCUGCAAGAUCGUGAUGGUGCUGGCAGCUACCAACUUCCCCUGGGACAUUGACGAGGCGCUGCGGCGGCGACUGGAGAAGCGCAUCUACAUCCCGCUGCCUAAUAGUAACGGCCGGGAGGCUCUGCUGCGUAUCAACCUGCGUGAGGUAGCCACCGAUCCGGAGCUGGACCUCAAGUCCGUGGCCGACCGGCUGGACGGCUACUCGGGAGCCGACAUCACCAAUGUGUGCAGGGACGCCUCCAUGAUGUCAAUGCGUCGUAAGAUAGCCGGCCUUCGCCCCGAAGAGAUCCGCGCGCUGCCCAAGGAGGAGCUGGAGCUACCCGUCACCGACCACGACUUCAACGAGGCCAUCGAGCGCUGCAACAAGUCCGUCUCCGCCAGCGACCUCGAGAAGUACCAGGCCUGGAUGAACGAGUUCGGGUCCAGCUAGGAGGGAGGCGCGGUGGGAUCGGGGUGACUUGGAAGAACGUAAACGGAAAGGAAAGAAGGAAGGAUGACGGAACACCAAAGCGUUGGAGAACACAACUACAAGGAUCUGGGAUAGAGUGGAGAACGGGACGGCAGCACCGGACGCUUUGGCAUGAGCCAGGUCGGUAAGAUCUUCCGGCUGGGGUGGAAAUGGCGGGCUUGGCAGAAAAACUAUAAAUGGGGGAAUAACGUCCGAAUCGCCCAUUUUUUUGUGGGUUGGGUUGGGGGCGACCUUCAGUGGAAAGCCUCGGGUUCCGGAUAGGGUGGGUUGGAAAAACACGGAACAAAUAGUGCAUGGACGCGUUUCGAUUAUUAAAUCUUCAUCAGCAUGACAU